AUGUGGGACCCCCGGCCCCCAUCUAAACAUGCCUCGCCCCUCCCCCUACCGCACCUCUCCAACUCACGCCUCGCCCAUGUGACCACAGCCACCCCGGCCAAGCGGAUCACCUUCUACAAAAGCGGCGACAGCCAGUUCGGGGGCAUCAGGAUGGCGGUCCACAAGCGCAGCUUCAAAUGCUUUGAUGCCCUGCUGGACGACCUUUCCCAAAAGGUGCCCCUGCCAUUUGGUGUGCGGACUGUGACCACUCCCCGUGGCACCCACGCCAUCAAACACCUGGAGCAGCUCCAGGACGGUGGCUGCUACCUCUGCUCUGACCGACGGCAUGCUAAGCCAGUCAACAUGGAGCUUGCCAGCAAACGCCCAGGCAUCUGGUCCCAUCACAGCCAGAGGCCGCACCGGCCUGAAACCUUGUCCACAACACCACCCGGCCAUCUGUCUUACAGGCAGCGACGGAUCCUGCUGGUGAAGAACACCGAGCCAGGAAUGAGGAGGAGCAUCGUGCUAGGCAGGAGGUCGACCAGGAGCUUGAGGGCCUUUCUUGAUGAGGUUUCUGAGGUGAUGCAGUUUCAUGUCCGCAAACUCUACACUGCAGAGGGACGCAGGAUUGACAGCGUGCAGAGCUUAAUAACUUGUCCAGGUGUGUUGGUGUGUGUUGGCCGGGAAGCCUUCAGCCCAAUGCUGGUAAACUUCAUCAGGAAGAGCUCAGACGAAAAACUGCCUGGUCUGGGCAGCAGGUCCCCUGGUCUUGGCCCCAGGACUCCUGGAAAUGGGGCCCGAUCUCCUGCUAAUCAAGGACCAAGAUCCCCACCUCAUGGAGCUCAGUCCAGAGCCAGCGAGUACAGUGAAGGGCAUGAAAGCAAGAAAAAUGUUAACUUUGGUCUGGAAACCAAGAAAAGCAUCAUCCACCCUCGUUCAGACUCCUCAAACCGCUCUGCCCGUUUCUCCUUGUCUUCAGAGAAGUCAUAUAGCAAUGGUGUCAGCGCCUAUUCCCAGGCUAGACCGGGUAUUAUGAACGAAGACAUUGAAAAGCGUGUCGUAGUCAAUAAAGAUGGCAGCCUCUCAGUAGAGAUGAGGGUGCGUUUUCGCCUACACAAUGAGGAGACCCUGCAGUGGUCCACACAAAUAAAAAAAUCCCCAUCUCUGAGCAAUGAAUCUUGCCCCCUGAGCCAGGCCCAGCCCCAUUACCUACAGCAGGGUCAAUCAGAGAGCUGCUCUGACCCCGAUUCCACAACCUUCGAGCCAGAGUGUGUGGAUUAUUCCAGCCAACCUCUGCCGCAUGUUUCAGCAGUGAACCACUGCCCCUGCUGCUACCAGAGACAGGAACAGCAGUACGACUUAUGGGAAAACCCAGCACACAGCCACAAAAAGCCUCCUGUCCCUCCCCCACAUACAUCCAGUCACACUAUGAUGAGACAUACACACUCUUCUAGCUCUUCCUCAUCAUGUAAUUCUAGGAGGGUGGUGCGCUGUCGAGCACGACUCUCCAACUGUGGAGGAGGCUCUGGUUCAGAGCAGAGCCAACUGCUCCAGGAGGACAUGUGUGUGACGGAGCAGGUUGAGCGCAGAGUCGAGGUGGAGAAGGAUGGAGACACCCAUGUAAAGGUGCACAGGGUGAGCCGAUGCUGCAGCCGCAGUGAAGUACUUGCAGUGGAUAGCACCCUACGACCACUUAGCCGGAAGUCAGUAGAGGAUGAGCUUUUGGUGGAGGAUGACGGGGUGCGUCCGCUGUCUGCAGUCAGCAGCUCCUCACAUGUUCUCCAAUCACUGAGAGAAGAUGAGGAUGAUGACCUGCCACCCAGCGCCUCACAAUGCUGUCAUAGCAUUGAACCAUCCCCAUCACCAGCUCACCUGAAUGAUAAACCAAAAAGGAACAUCUCUUCCAGUUCCAUCCACUCUACUGAACACAACAAGCAUGAGGAUGGGGAAGAGAGAGGAAGUAGGGCAGUAUCUACAGCCUCUUCCUGCCACUGUGGAGCAGCCACCCCACAUUCAACAGCUGAAGUAGAGGAGAUGGAGCUAGGAACUCGAUCCAAGAUGAGCAGAGCAUCUUGCAGGUCCAGCAAAGUCAAUAUUCCUACCUCAGACGAAGCUGCAGAUGAUGAGGAUGAAGAGCUAAGGAGGGUUGUAAGUGGCUUGUCUGGUCACACAGGACUUUCGGCAGACUCUCUGCAGUCAAGGACAUCCAGUGCAUGUCAUAAUUGUGGAGGCUGCAAACAUGGGGUCAACUCUGUUUCCAGUAGUAGAGCAUCACAGAGGUCCCAUCAUUCCCACCGAGCCUCCCCAAAGCCUGCCACACCUCUCUCCAGCCAAGAGAUUGCCAAUGAUGGCAGUGAUGAUGAUGGCUCAGAUGUUUCAGCUGGGUCAACACAAUCCAACAGGACCAACCUCACCAACCAUGGGCGCUUCUCUGCAAUAUCAAAUGUCCUGGAGGGCAGAUCAUCUACUGCCAUGUCCACAACUUCCAGUCCUGAGGCAACAGGAAAAGAGGAAGAAAGGGCUCCAAGUGCAACCUCAGCCUCAAGCCACAGAUCCAAUAGAUCACACAAGUCUGGCAGUAAUGGCAGCACUGGUGUUGCAGCAGAAAAAGAGGAGGAGAGAAGCCCCACUGCACUGUCGGCUCAGUCAAACCUGUCUGCCAAGUCCAGCAAGUCUCACAAGUCCAACUGCAGCGGCACAGCUGAGGCCAGAGAGGAAGCAGAGGGAGAGAACGCUGCAGAAAGACCACUUAGCUCCUUGUCAGCCAAAUCUGGUACUUCUUCAAAGACCAGUGCUUCAGUCAAGUUAAGUAAUAAGGUUGCCUCCCCAACUGACAAUACAGCUGUGGAAGAAGAUGACACAAACGAAAGAACUCCUAGUGCGCUUUCCGUUAAGUCUAAUGCUUCUGACAAGCCUGGCAUGGCCGAAAGACCUGAUAGCGUCCUGUCUGCUAAAUCAGCUAAAUCAACUAAAUCAAAUGUGUCAGCAAAGUCCAGGACAUCUCACAGGUCCACCUGCAGUCACUGUCCGAGAGCAGUAUCUCCAGGUGAUACGGCAGCUGAUGAACCUGUUAUCGAAGCGACAGAACAGGAAGAAGCAAUGGAGACAGAGGAGAGAGCAGCAAGUGCUAUGUCAGCCAAGUCCCAUCUGUCUGCCAGGUCUAAUAAAUCCCAUAAGUCCACCAAAGCUUCGGAAAGGUCACUUUCUCCCAGAUCAGAAACUGGAGGAGAUUGUGAAAAAAGGGCAGCAAGUCAAUUGUCUGGCAGAUCAGUUAAAUCUGACAUGUCUGUUAAGUCUUCAAAGUCAUGCAAGCCUAAAAAUAAUGAUGAUGAAAUCCAGGAAUCUCCAAGCUCAAUGGUAGCUGAGGAAAAGGAAAAUGAGAUGGUAGAAGAGGAAACACAGGAGAGGCCAGAAAGUGUAAUGUCUGCUAAAUUGGAAAAUGAAGAGAGGGCAGCCAGUGCAAGGUCAUCUAAAUCUCAUAAAUCCAACUGUAAUGAGAACACACAGGCAAGUUUGGACACAGGCGACGGUGAAAAAGCUGAGGACAGGGCUGCCAGUGCUUUAUCUGGUAAAUCAGCUUCCUCUGCAAAGUCUCACCACACAAAUUGUGAAGCAAGUUCAAGAGUGGCUUCUCCAGCCAAAGACACAGCAGAGACAGAGGACAGAAUCCCCAGUGCCAUGUCGGGGAAAUCACACAUCUCUGCCAAGUCCUCCAAGUCUCAGAAGUCAAACCGCACAGCUGCAUCUCCAAAUCCAAAUGAUGCCGAUGUUCCUUCUAUUGAGACAAAUGAAGAAGAGAAGCAAAAUCAAGAGCGGGUGGCUAGUGCUAUGUCUGUCAAGUCAAAGUCUUCAGUGAGGUCCAGUACUUCUCACAAGUCGAAUUCCAACAACAAUCUAAAAUCUGUGUCACCAAAUCCAAAUAUUGUCACCAUUAAAACACCAGAAGUGGUUGAUGAGGAAGGAAAUGAGACAACAGAGAGAGCACCAAGCGCUGCAUCAGCUAAAUCAGGGAAAUCUGCUUCAUCACAUAAGUCGAAACAUAAUAGAGCAACUGAUAUUACUGUUGCUGAAAAAGUUGUAGAAGACAAUGCACCAAAAAGUAAAUCUUCUGAACAAUCUAAUGGCCAAACGCUCUCACCCAGGACGACACGUUCCCCACGGACCCACUCACCCAAAGCUCCAACUACAUCCCCUAGAAGUCCUCAAGCCCCUGUGCAACAGUUGUUGCCUGGUCCAGACACAAGAGGGGCCAGUGCCUUGUCAGUUCGCUCAACAACCUCUGCUAAAUCCUGCAAAUCCAAAUGUCGCUGUGGAGCAGCUUCAGCAAAAAAAGAAAAGGAGGUGGAAGAUAAGGAGAUGGAGAACAAGGACAACAAUGAGGAGCUAAAGAAUGAGGAGGCUUCCGAGCGGGCUGCUAGCAUCCUGUCGUCCUCAACCAAAAGAUCGAGAAGAGAAUCAGGGGGCACUGAGCAACCAUUGAGUCGAAACUCUUCAGGGUCGGUCUCUCUUGGGCUGCCAGAAGAUCAAGAAACAGCUGACUCAGACAGUGGCAGGUCCAGUGCUUCUUUUCACAUAAACACUGAGAGUAAGAGCAGGGUGAAGACAGCAACUCCUAAUGCUCCCAGUCGCACAGGGCAGUCUGCCACAAAGGAAGAUGUGGAGGAAACAGGGUCCACUAGGUCUCAAAAGUCCAACAAAAAUGGCAGUAAAAGCACUUUGUCUCACAAUGCUCCAGCAGUCGAUAUCCCUACUAUUGAAACACCAGGGCAAAGUGGUGAAGAAGCAUGCAGCAAAGGGGAGACAUGUAGUGAGAGCCUUCUGUUUCACUCUCUGUCCGCUGCUGACCUGCUGAAGGAAAUCAUGGCUGCUGCACGUCCACACAGCCGACAGUCGAAGGCGAGCAAAACCAGUGACAAGCCAAGGAGUGAGAAAAGUGCGAGGAGUCAGAGAAGCAGGAACCAGGUGGAUCAGGAGGAGCUGGAACUGACACCUGCCUGUCUGCCCAACGCUUCCCCCAAUGAGGUUGUCAGUGACUGGCUGCGGAGCAUUCCCACUAACAGCAGCAUGCUUGAAUUUGGUGACGAGCCGCAUCAGGAAGAGGAAGAGCAGGAGAAGGCAGCAGAAGAGAAACCUGGAGAAGAGGGAGCAAAGGAGGAGGAGAGUCCUGAAGAAGAAAAAGUGGAAAACAAGGAGGAAGUGUCUCCAGUUUAUGGUCGUAGACUGAGCACAUCAGCCAGGGGGUUCUUGGACUGUUUGGCCCAGCUUCAGCUCAUUGAGCCUGCAGUGAACCCCAGCUGUGACCAACAGAAGGACCGCAACCAGCGGUAUGAGGACAUUAUGGCCAUCCUUCAAUCCCUCUGGCUCACUGACCCCAAGGACAUUGAAGUCAAGGAGGCCGGGGAAGUUGGUAGGGAGCAGGUGACUCCACCAAGGUCGUCCUCCGGGGUGGGUAUGAGCAGUGGCUCAGGCGGAUCAGGAAAGGAGAAUGGAAAUGAUGCUCGAGAUGAAACAAAGCAAAACAUAACAAUAAAUGAAGAAGAUGUUUUACAUGAGGAUAAGGAAGCGGAGAAGGUUGCAGAAGAGGAAGAGGAAGAAAAUGCAGAGGCCGGAAACAAGGAAGUUGAGGAAAAAGAGGAGACAGACACAGCACAGGAACCGGAACAGAGUGAAGAACAAAGUUCAGUCCCUCCGAGUCUGGACAGCCCAAAAGCCACUGAGAACCCUUCAUCAUCAGAUGCUAACGACAGCUCUAAAUCCCCCACUGAUAAUGAACGAGAGACGAUGGAGGACUCCAGCUCAGGCACACCCCCGACUGUCCUGCGAGCACCCUUGUCAAAAAAACAAUCCCAAGACCCUGAUCCGGUGUGGAUUCUGCAACUUCUGAAGAAGCUGGAGAAACAGUUCAUGAACCACUACAUUAACGCCAUGGCGGAGUUCAAAGUUCGUUGGGACCUGGACGAUAGCCUCAUCCUGGACACCAUGAUCUCCGAGCUGAGGGACGAGGUGAGCCGACGCAUCCAGAGCAGCAUCGAACGCGAGAUAAGGAAGAUUCAGAGUCGUGCCGGCAGAGGGGGGAGGUCACCUCGGCCGCCGCACGGAGGGAACCUCUCCAGGGAGUCAACCAUGACAGAGAAGAGACGUCGAAUAUUAAAGGUCAUGAAGAACCAGUCAGUUAAAACUGCUGACACCCUCAGCGAUGAAGAGCUUACGGGUGAGUUCAGCGACCAGCGAAGCGAAGAUGAGUACUGCCCCUGUGAUGCAUGUGUCCGCAAGAAAAUGGCCGCCCGGCCUCUCAAAGCGAACCCACUGGCACCCGAAGCACCAAUGAUGAUAGAGUUUGACCUCCUUAAGAUACUGCAGUUGAAGAAAAGCCCACUGCCUCCAGCCGUCCCACCACCUGCAGAGGAAGAAGUUGAUAGCAUUGUCGUAGACGAGGAGGAGCGGAAUUUAGAGGUAUUGCACGAAGAAGAGGAGGAGGAUGAAACUAAAGAGGAUAUCAAAGCUACUGUUGUUUUAGAGGAGACGAUCCCAGAGGAAGAUGAGGAAAUAGAGGAAAAAGAAGACGGGGGUGAGGCAGGAGAAGAGAAGGAGGCAGAGGAGGAAAAAGAGGUUGGUGAUGAGGAACAAGAAGAGGAAGAGACAGGUGGAGAGGAAGCUGGGGAAGAGGAGGAGACAGGUGGAGAGGAAGCUGGGGAAGAGGAGACAACAGAUAAUGGAGAGGAUGAAGAGGAGGCACAAUGCCAAUGCCAGUGUGGCAAAAAUGAGGAGGAGAGUGAAGGAGACACCACUGAAAAUGGCGAGGGUGAGGAGGAGGCAGAGGCAGAAGAGUGUGAGGUGUGUGACUUUAAGCCUGAGGAAGAAGAAGAAACAACCAGCAAGGAAAGCGGAGCAGAGGCGUCCGGGGAAACGGAGGACGACAGUGCUACAAAAGAUACGACGAAUGAAGAAUCCACGCCAGUGGAGGGAAACGACAGUGCUUCGGCUGAGGCGGAGGAUGAAGAUGAAGGGGAUGAUGGCAGUGGAGAGGGGGAAGCGAGUGAAGAGCAGGAAAGGGAGGAGGAGGAAAGACCCUCAACUCAGGGCCACGGGGUGACGGAGGGAGAGGAGGCCGACGCCGAAGACUCAUCCACCGACAGCAAACGCCAAAGUGACACCAGUCCGGACGAAUCAGGGCGCGAGGGUGCUGCAGCCACAGGAGACGAGGAGGAGAAAGAGGGCGAAGGAGAUGGAGGUGAUGAGGAGGUUGUGGAAGAUGCUGUUGAAGAGUUCAAGCCUGAGGAAGAGGGGGAAGACGAAGAGGUGAACAAGAACAAAAGGGAAGCGGGUGCUCUCCUCCACCAGUUCACCAGGACCUCUGUGGAGUCCCAGCCUGGCUCCUUGGAGGACAUUGGCACAGAAUCCCCCCAAAACCCUGUAAACUCCAUAGAAGUGCCCAAAAUGGCUGAUGGUGGAUCCACUGGUGGCGGGACGGGCCAGAAGAGGAGCCGGUCGCCAGCCAGGGUGAAACGCCGCAAACCCAAGGAGAGUGACGUGGAACUGGAUGACAUUUAA